AUGUUAACAGCAGGUUCAGUUCAGCGGCUACAAAUAUCUAUGUUUCAAACACAGGAACAGGAGCAGGUGGACCUUUCGUCCUCUAUACAUACCGAGAACAUUUUCAAUUCAGAAUCGUCUGGUCCCGCAUAUCCGAACAUCCCACAAAUUAGUUCUGUUCACUCGUUUAUAGGUGCCAAAAGCUCUCUUCUUGCUGAUGCUGCUCCGAAUCAAUGUUUAUCAUUUGUGGACUCAGCAAAAGUUACAUCGUUUGACCAAUCAUUCCAUGGUUCACCAUCUUAUAAGCUAAAUUCUGCAAAACUAGCAGUUUCAUCGUCUGAGUACUUGUCAGUAGAAUCAUCCACAGAGGUAGACUCCACAAUUUCAUUGGAAGCACAAGUUGACCGCAAAAGACAAAAGAUUCAACCCGAACGACACAGCAAAACCGACAAUCUGAACCUCUUUUCUGACUUCGAUCUAUUGGCACCAGCGUUUCUUACCUACUACUUGCCAUUGUUUCGUGGAUGUAGCUCUGGAGGCAACAACAAACCCCCGAAAAAGCGAUCAAUUACUGGAACACAGUACGUUGCCGCCAGUUUGAGACUGGAAAGCAGUACCAUUGAGGACAUUUGCUUACCGAAAUGGAACGAGAACGAGCUCAAGGACAAUAGAAGAAUCAUCCGCAUAGAGAGAAGACAACAGGGAAAUGAAAUUGCAGCUUCCUUUUCAAUAGUUGGGUCUGCUUUAGAGAACCCACACACCAAACCUACACUGGAUCCUGACGUGGAAGUAUUAGAAGUCUCGUGCUUACGGUGUCUAGUCAAUUACGACGAGAUUGAUGACAAACAAACAGUGCAUGGAAGCCUUUUACACGAAGUUCAGUCUGAAUUCACCGAAAUACGGAAACAAGAAUCUACCGGGAAACGUAGCAGUUAUGCCUGUACGUCGAAUGGGACCUCCAUCGAAUGCCAGUACUACGUUACUAGUGUCGAAGUCAUCAAGAUAAUUGAGUUACUGGUGGGAAGCCAUUUAAUCCAAGAUCGCAAGCAGAGAAGAAAAGAAAGGGGCUGCAUAAGGUCAAAUUUGAUGCCCUUCUGGUCCAAACAUCUCAUCUCGUCAACCACAAACACCAUGAAGCGCCGUUCAGUGACAGCAUCUAACGAGAAUUAUAUUGCAGAGCUGGCCCAUCGUAUCAAGACAUAUGAAGUUCGGAGACCUCGAAAGGUCAAUAAGGAUCUCAGAAUUUUGGAAUGGUCAAAGCUUGGACCAGCUCUGCGGCGGGCUCUCCACAGCUAUUACGUAGCAGUGCCAAUUGAUAAAUUCAAAAAUAUAGCCAAGCCGACAAACACUAGCCUAGGCACCAUAAAGAUGGCAAUAGCUGGUAGAAGUGAGGUUUUGGAAACAGUCUUUAUAGCAAGACAAAGUCCGGUUGAACCAGAUGCUUGCUCAUCGAUUGCUAACGUCAGAAGGGAAUUGUGCGACGCUUGCACUGGCACACAGGCCAAUAUUGUGACUGAAAAGAUUCUUCUGACUACCAUAGCCGCGGACGCCGGAUCUACAAUUGUGGUGCCAGUGUGCGUUCCUUAA